AUGCGUUUCAUGCUGCUGUUCAGUCGGCAGGGGAAGCUGCGUCUCCAGAAGUGGUACACGGCCACGGCCGAGAGGGACAAGAAGAAGAUGGUCAGGGAACUGAUGCAGGUGGUGCUGGCCCGCAAACCCAAGAUGAGCAGCUUCCUGGAGUGGAGGGACCUCAAGAUCGUCUACAAGAGGUACUGGAAUAUAUCUCUCGGUCUCUCGGUCUCUCUCUCUCUCUGGCUCUCUGUCUCUCUCUGUAUGUCUCUGUCUCUCUCUCUCUCUCUCUCUCUCUCUCUCUCUCUCUCUCUCUCUCUCUCUCUCUCUCUCUCUCUCUCUCUCUCUCUCUCUCUCUCUCUCUCUCUCUGUCUCUGUCUCUCUCUGUAUGUCUCUCUCUGUAUGUCUCUCUCUGUAUGCUCUCCGUAUGUCUCUCUCUCUCAGUCUCUCUCUGUCUCUCUCUCUCUCUCUCUCUGUAUGUCCUGUCCUGUCUCUCUCUCUCUGUCCUCCUCUCUCUGUAUGUCUCUGUCUCCUCUCUGUUCUCUCUCUGUCUCCUCGUCUGUAUCUCUGUCUCUGUCUCUCUCUGUAUGUCUCUGUCUCUGUCUCUCUCUGUAUCUCGUGUCUCUCUGUCUCUCUGUAUGUCUCUGUCUCUGGCUCUCUCUGUAAGGUCUCUGUCUCUCUGUCCUCUCUCUGUAGUUCCCCCCUUGUGGGGUUAAAAAUGUCUCUCUCUGUCUCUGUCUCUCGCUGUAUGGUCUCCUGUGUCCUCUCUGUCUCUCUCCGUAUGUCUCUGUCUCUCUCUCUCUCUCUCUGUCUCUGUCUCUCUCUGUAUGCCUCUCUCUCUGUGUCUCUCUCUGUACACACACGGUAGAUAUACAUUUACAAGUUCACAAUAUUCAUGACAUACUCAACUCCUACACGUACAGUACUACACCCUACAGGUCCCUAAAAGGAUAGGCUGUUUAUUGUAUACCUACGUUUUCAUGGUUGUGUGAAACAGCAUGUAGCCGCUACAUGCGCUGUUCACACACACUUGAACAUGUGCUGCAAAUGUUUUCAUAAACUGGGUGGUUUGAGCCCUGAAUUCUGAUUUGGCAGAAGGCCGUGGUAUACCACGGGUAUGACAAAACAUUUAGUUUUUCUGCUCUAAUUACAUUGGUAACCAGUUUAUAAUAGCAAUAAGGCACCUCGGGGGUUUGUGGUAUAUGGCCAAUACACCACGGCUAAGGGCCUUAUUGAUUAAGUAUAGGCUACUGUCUGUGAGCUACACAUACAUUAGUAUCUGAAAUUGUGCGUACUCACUCACUCUGGGGGUGUGGAAUGAGCUUCUGAAAUGCCAACUGUCUCCUCUGAAAAUGAGUUGUCAUGGUUGGAAUGAUGAGUCAGUCAGCCAGUGACUCAGUGUUUGGUGUUACACUCUAAUCAUUCCCCCCCAUCAAAACAUCGCCCCACUUUACUGGUAAUAAUUGUCCUUCAAAUGUGGUUCCAGGGGGGAUUUUAAGAGACGGACUGUCACCUCGUGAUAUUACUGUGGUGUGUGUGUGUGUGUGUGUGUGUGUGUGUGUGAUCACAGUGAAUGCCACCCAGGCUCCAGCCUGUCUUUUGAGGCGUUUCUAUUGUUUUCUCCAGACACUGAUGUCUCACGGCAGACAGCGUUUACACUUAACAGUGUGUUCCAGAACAACGGAUGCUCAGUGAUUCACUGUUAUAACUAAUGCAGAAGGCAUCCACACACAGCACUCUUGGUAAAAGCUGCCCAUAGCAUCCCAUAGUAGCUUAGAGGUUAGACACACAGAGAGAACUGACGGCUGAUAGGUACUAUAAUAGUAGUAGGCCGUUCCUUCUUUUACUGGAACAGUGGCCGACAACUUGCCUGAGCCAAUUGGAGAGCCCGGACUAACUAAAACAAUUAAGCUGCGUAAUAUUAUGUAUUUUUCUAGAGCGUCUUUACAUCUUUUACAUCUAGCUAAGGAGUUUUGCGCUUAAAUAAUUGUUUUGUUAGUUUUGAUAAUGUGCACUUGCGAAAACAAGUCCAUUGUGAUUUAAUUAUAAUGUUGCUAGUUAUCCAGUUGUGGCCAUCAGGCUAGUAUCAACAAGGGCUUACUACAAAUUAUAGCUAGCUAGCAACAUUAGCACAGCUUGCUAGUUAGCCAACAUUAGCUAUCUACAUAUUUAGAAGCAGGCACAAGCUAAACAUAGCUUAAGAAAGCAACGCUAUCUAGGCAGACGGUGGAUGAUCUGUGUGAACCACAACAUUUUUACUGUCGACACUGGGAAGAGGUGCUAAGUACCUCUCGGCCGUCAGUAUCCUUAUUGUGUGAGGCUUUGCACCUCAGUGACUCUGUACAAGCAUCUAAUAUAACCUGCCUAAAUGACUACCGACCCGUAGCACUGACGUCUGUAGCCAUGAAGUGCUUUGAAAGGCUGGUCAUGGCUCACAUCAACACCAUUAUCCCAGAAACCCUAGACCCACUCCAAUUUGCAUGCUGCCCCAACAGAUGCACAGAUGAUGCAGUCUCUAUUGCACUCUACACUGCCCUUUCCCACCUGGACAAGAGGAACACCAACGUGAGAAUGCUAUUCAUUGACUACAGCUCAGCGUUCAACACCAUAGUGCCCUCAAAGCUCAUCACUAAGCUAAGGAUCCUGGGACUAAACACCUCCCUCUGCAACUGGAUCCUGGACUUCCUGACGGGCCGCCCCCAGGUGGUAAGGGUAGGUAACAUCACAUAUGCCACACUGAUCCUCAACACGGGGGCCCCUCAGGGGUGUGUGCUCAGCCCCCUCUUGUACUCCCUGUUCACCCAUGACUGCAUGGCCAGGCACGACUCCAACACCAUCAUUAAGUUUGCCGACGACACAGCAGUGGUAGGCCUGAUCACCGACAACGAUGAGACAGCCUAUAGGGAGGAGGUCAGAGACCUGGCCGUGUGGUGCCAGGAUAACAACCUCUCCCUCAACAUGACCAAGACAAAUGAGAUGAUUGUGGACUACAGGAAAAAAAAAAGAGGACUGAGCACGCCCCCAUUCUCAUCGACGGGAGCUGUAGUGGAACAGGUUGAGAGCUUCAAGUUCCUUGGUGUCCAACAUCACCAACAAACUAUCAUGGUCCAAACACACCAAGACAGUCGUGAAGAGGGCACGACAAAGCCUAUUCCCCCUCAGGAGACUGAAAAAGAUUUGGCAUGGGUCCUCAGAUCCUCAAAAAAUUCUACAGCUGCACCAUCGAGAGCAUCCUGACUGGUUUGCAUCAACCGCCUGGUAUGGCAACUGCUCGGCCUCUGACCGCAAGGCACUACAGAGGGUAGUGCGUACGGCCCAGUACAUCACUGGGGCCAAGCUUCCUGCCAUCCAGGACCUCUAUACCAGGCGGUGUCAGAGGAAGGCCCUCAAAAUUGUCAUAGACUGUUCUCUCUGGUACCGCACGGCAAGCGGUACCGGAGUGCCAAGUCUAGGUCCAAAAGACUUCUCAACAGCUUCUACCCCCAAGCCAUAAGACUCCUGAACAGCUAAUCAUGGCUACCCGGACUAUUUGCACUGCCCCCCCACCCCCACCCCAUCUUUUUAUGCUGCUGCUACUCUGUUAAUUAUUUAUGCAUAGUCACUUUAACUCUACCCACAUGUACAUAUUACCUCAACUACCUCGAAUAGCCGGUGCCCCCGCACAUUGACUCUGCACCGGUACCCCCCUGUAUAUAUCGCCUCCCUACUGUAAUUUUAUUUUACUUCUGCUCUUUUUUUCCUCAACACUUUUUUGUUUUAUUUUACUUUUUAAUUAAAAAUCAAUGCAUUGUUGGUUAAGGGCUGUAAGUAAGCAUUUCACUGUAAUGUCUACACCUGUUGUAUUCGGCGCAUGUGGCCAAUAACAUUUGAUUUGAUUUGAUCAUUGUGCACUGCAGUGUCAUGUAGUACCUGUUUUGGCCAGGGGAGGGAGCCAACGAGCUGACUGACUUCUCUAAUGCUCUAACACACACCACACACACACUAUGGUGUAUAAGACUACAGGCACAUGCCAUUUUGAACAUCACACCCCUUGAAUUGUCUGACUGCAUAGACUUGAGUCAUUAGAGGCAAUCUGCAUUCAAAGAAUAACAAAGCGUCACCCCGCCACUGUUUUGGUAAAAAGCUGAGGAAUUAACAACACUACACUGCAUAGACUGGCAUUGUUAACAGCAGCAAAACAAGAUUCACUUUCAGUAGUUAUUAGUUGUCCUGGGUUACGGACUGGACUGGCGCUCCAGGGAUUCACCCAGAACCUCUUAUUCUCAGCUGAACCUAGGGUUGCUGGUAACUUUCCCUAAAUUCCCAGGUUUUCCAGAAAUCCUGGUUGGAGGGUUCUAGAUUCCCUGGUUAGUCCUUCCCGUGGAACACCUUAGCUAACCUCAAUGAUAAAAGUGUGGGUGUGUUACACAUCAAUAACACAACAGGCAGCAGUAGACUUCUAUAGUGUGGGUGUGUUACACAUCAAUAACACAACAGGCAGCAGUAGACUUCUAUAGUGUGGGUGUGUUACACAUCAAUAACACAACAGGCAGCAGUAGACUUCUAUAGUGUGGGUGUGUUACACAUCAAUAACACAACAGGCAGCAGUAGACUUCUAUAGUGUGGGUGUGUUACACAUCAAUAACACAACAGGCAGCAGUAGACUUCUAUAGUGUGGGUGAGUUGAACAUCAAUAACACAACAGGCAGCAGUAGACUUCUAUAGUGUGGGGUGGGUUACACAUCAAUAACACAACAGGCAGAAGUAGACUUCUAUCGUGGUGGGUUGUGUUACACAUCAAUAACACAACAGGCAGCAGUAGACUUCUAUAGUGUGGGUGAGUUGAACAUCAAUAACACAACAGGCAGCAGUAGACUUCUAUAGUGUGGGUGAGUUGAACAUCAAUAAAACAACAGGCAGCAGUAGACUUCUAUAGUGUGGGUGAGUUGAACAUCAAUAACACAACAGGCAGCAGUAGACUUCUAUAGUGUGGGUGAGUUGAACAUCAAUAACACAACAGGCAGCAGUAGACUUAUAUAGUGUGGGUGAGUUGAACAUCAAUAACACAAUGUGUGUGUGUGUGUUAGGUAUGCCAGUCUGUAUUUCUGCUGUGCGGUGGAGGAGGAGGACAACGAGCUUAUUACUCUGGAGGUCAUCCACCGUUUCGUAGAGCUGCUGGAUAAGUACUUCGGCAGCGUGAGUCACUCUAUCUCUUUUCUAUCGAAACAACCAUGUUUCGCCAACCCUUUUCUCUCUUUUUCUCUCUCACUCUCUACUCUAUAUUUUAAAUGUCUCUCUCUCUGCCUGCUUCCUCUGUCUUCUGGGGGCCCCCGCCCCCGGGGAGGCCGGGGGGGGGUGUUGUCUCUCUCUCUUUGAGCCCCCCUUCUCUGGUACCCCCUCCCUCUUUCCCCUCCCCUUUGGGCUUUGCCUUCCCCUUCCUUUCUCUUGCGGGGAAUGGUUCCCCUCGCUCUUCCCCCCUUUCUCUAUCCUUCUUUUUCUUUUCUUCUCUUUUCUCUUUUCCCUUUUUGGCCUCUUCCCUUUCUCCUCUCUUCUUAAAGUUUAAAGGAAAGAAGCAGGGGGGAAAAAGGAGAUGGAAACAGAAGAGAUCCCCAAAAGGCCAAGGGAAAAGAAGAGAGAAGAGAAGGAAAAAAGAAGAACAAAGCUGGGGGACGAGGAAAAGAAGAGAGAGGAGCCCGGAGCAGAGAAGAGAGGCAAACCAAAGAGGAAAAAGAAUAGAGAGAGGUAGAAACGAUCUUGAGAAAAACGACCGAGGACAAAAAACCCCUUAAGACGAAAACCAACCCAAACUUUAAAGACAACCAAAUCAAAAAGGGUUACCUCCUCUUUCCCCUCCUCAUAUCUCCACCAUUUCCCCUUUUUUUCCUCUCACCCUCCCCUUCUCUUUCCCAUCCUCCUCUUUUUUUCCCCUCUCCCUUCCUUUCCUCUUGCUCUCUCUCUCGCUUUCCCUCUUGCUUCUCCCCUCCUUCCCUUUUCUCUCUCUCUCUCUCUUUUUCCCUCUCUCUCCUUCUUCCUUCUCUGUUUUGUCUCUGUCUCUGUCUCUCUCUCUUCUCUCUCUCUCUCUCCUCUCUCUCUCUCUCUCUCUCUCUCCUCUCCUCUCUCUCUCUCUUCUCUCUCUCUUCUCUCUGUCUCUGUCUCUUACUUCUUUCCCACUUCACUCUAAUCUCUGGUCUUUUCAUAUUUUUCCUCCCUGUCUGUGUCCAGUCUGUAUUACUACCAGACAAUCUAAAGGUUUUCAUGUGACUCUAAUCAUAUAUGGUCACUGUCCCUCUACUGAACUAUCUCCAAUUCUCUCUCCUCUCUCUCCUGUCAAGCUCCUCUUCUUGUAUAUGUAGACUGUGUAAAUGUACUUGGUAAAUAAAGGUGAUUCUGAUUCCUCCCUCUGCAUCUGUGUGCUGUGGUGUGUGCGCGCCCCGGUAGGUUUGUGAGCUGGACAUCAUCUUUAACUUUGAGAAGGCCUACUUUAUACUGGAUGAGUUUCUGAUGGGGGGGGAGAUCCAGGACACGUCCAAGAAGAGUGUCCUCAAGGCCAUCGAACAGGCUGACCUUCUACAGGAGGUACACACACACACACACCACACUACAGGAGGUAGAAGUGAUCUCUCUUAUUAAAAAGAAGGUUAAACUCCAGCUAGCCGGUGUUCUUGAUGCUUCAAACUAUUGAAUGGAUGUUUUUUUUACCAACAGUCGACCUCCAUCAGUGUAUUUUGGAGUUAUCUCUACCACACUCACUAGGACUCUACCUUAGAAUGAACUGCUAAAUGACUUAAAUGUAAAUGUAAUGAAUGAUAUGUGUUUUUCUGUGUUGUACGAUGGUGAAUCGUUAUUCUGUCAGAGCAUCUGUUCCCCACAGAGAAUACUGUUGAAUUACUAGAGGGGAUGAGGUCAUAGACCCUCAUAAUUCUAGAAUGUGAUAAUGUACAUUCUAGACUUGUAAUAUGUAAUGAUAUGCUGUUCCCCUUCUCUCCAUCUCCCCCUACAGGAGGAUGACUCUCCCAGAAGUGUUCUAGAGGAGAUGGGUCUGGCAUAG